AUGGCAGAAGUUACUGAAUCUCAUGAUCCUACCCCGACCGACACUGUCAUGGACGAUGGCAUCGAAUCUCAACUUCCCAUCUUACACAAUGAUCGUCGUAUCCACCUAGAACGUCUCGCAGUAUUUCUGGCAUUUAGAGAAGGUUCUGCGCAAACGGCGGAGGCAACAAGAAAGUCAUUCCACGGCAACAAAAAGGCAUUUGUCAACAGAAGGCGAGAAUUCUUCGAACAGUUGAUUAGCAAACCAGAGGUUUCAUCGCAGCUGCAACGAAUGAAAAAGAAGCGUGUCAUCGCAGCCGCCGAAUUUCUGUUCAGGACUGGUCAUCUCUCAUCAAAUUCGACAAUGAAUAAACGCUUUGCACAUCUCUCUGCAGAACAGAUCCGGAGUUUCGAGUGGAGGGCUUCUGUUUCUCUUCCUCCAUUGAAAAAGAGGAUAGUCGUAAUGGUGGAGUUGGAACCUCCUAUAUCAACGAGGACUAGAUCGAAUUGUGAGGGCUGUCGAAAAUCGAAGAUAGCUGGUGACGAAUCGAAACUCUCUGAUGAGAUGGAGAAAAUGUGUUUGUGUGCUGGGGGAUAUAAAUCCAAUUUGAAUGGAGAGAAUGGUGGCGCAGACUCGGCGAGAAAUGAUGAUGAUGAAAUGGAGAUGAACUAG